GUUUCCGAGCAUAGCACGCUGAGUUGAGGGAUUCGAUUAUCAUCUGGGCUGUUGCGAUCGAUUCGCAGAGCUCGUCAAAAAGUGGUCUUCCAAGCGCUGAGAAGUGUGGUGGCGAAGCCGUACCCUGCUUGAAUUGUUAUCGGAGACGCUGAAGACAAAGGACCACCACGGAAGACGUCCGAAAGUGUCUGCAUAGUAUCGAGGAGCGAAGAACUUUGACUUCAACCGAAAAUGGAAGAGCUUCCGUUCGAGUUACUUGAGAUGAUCUUGAGCCGCUUGGAUUUGUAUGAUCGCCUCUCAUGUGCCCAAUUGUGUCGGAAACUCCAAUUGGCAGCGACUGCACCGAGACUUAUGCAGAAUGUACGGGCGGUCAUUCACGCCUCUAGACUGCGAGAGGCCGUAGCUAGAAUGACGAGGGGCGAGCGCGUUUACAGGGCGAUCGAAUUCCGCGAGGUCAACAUGGCCGAUUUACCCUUUGGGUUCUGGAAGAAGGUCGGCCCAGGACUCCGACACCUGAAGCUGACCCGCUGCCGUUGGUCGAACCAGCUCCUCUACCUCAUACUCCGACGGUGCACCAGCCUCGAGACUCUCCUACUGAUAGGAUGUCCGUUCGCUACCGAAGCCGACAAAAGAGCUUCCGAAGACUUAUGCUAUGAGGAACCUCUUGAACCCUCGCCCAGUUUGCUCACUCUCCGUAUAGCGGAGAGCUGCGAAUUGUCUUGGGUGCCAAAAACAGUCUCAAUGCUUCUGGCAUUGCUGCCCAGCCUGACGUUUUUCUCUUUGACAAGUCGAAGUAUGACCCUUGAGGAGUUCGAAGAAACAAUGGAUACGUUUUUAGCGGCAAAGCAAAUUCUGACAACUUUUGAGCUCGAUUCUCGGUCGCAUCUCCACGACGAAAUCGUGACGGCGCUCAUCGAGAAGUAUUCGGAAAAGCUCAGAAAACUGAUCCUUAAACACUGUUCGGAGCUCACGGAGGGUGUCUUCUCCGCGUUGUGCAACUGCGUGGAAUUGCAGAGUCUCUCUUUGAAGAACGCGAGGCUUUUCACCGAGCUCCAUUUGCGGAGACUCCUUCUCAACUUGCCGCACCUCGAAGAGCUUACUUUAAUCAACCCCGGAGAUCUGGCGAGACCCGUCUUGAAUCGUCUCUGUGAAUGGACCAAGCUCAAGUGUCUGACCCUUUGUCACCGUUUGCCGGACAGAGCGUGGGACAGGCUGCGCGUCGGACAGUUCAGCGGGCUUCAGCAUUUGGAGUUGACGCGGGUCGACGGUACGCUUCAAUAUUUCUCGAGCAUUCGCUUCCUCGAGAAUCUUCGGAGCUUGAGCCUGGUUGACCCUGCUCCGUUCAACACCAGCCAACUCACUUUAAUCACUCGGAACCUCAAGAAGCUAGAGAGGCUCUGUCUGAAAGGCUGUGCCGAGCUCACUGAAGCAGAUGGAUCCGAGUUUUGUGAGCUUAGAAAUCUCAGGAGCUUGUCGCUGACGGCGGUUUCGCACGUUUCGACGCGGACUUUCCGAAGAUACAAGACGAUCGACGCGCUGAAGGAAAUCGCGGUGGACGACUCCUCAAUCGACGAUGCGACGCUCAAGGAAAUCGCGAUUCAUAAUCCCCGUUUGACAAGUUUGAAACUCCGACGCUGUCCAGGCCCGAAACAACCGACCCCAAACAUUCAGCUCGACAACACGCUCUCUAGCCUUUCGCUGCCAAGGAUCUUCCCCGAAAACCAGGCUAUUAGCCCGCCGCCUGGUGAAAUCCGUCUGAAACUUCCGAAUAUUAGGCGAGGAGAUCGCGCCAAAGUGCUACUCGAUGAUUCACUGAAUCUUCUGAAAAGUGCCAUUACUUCAUUGACUCAAUACCAAGAAAUCGCGGUUGUUGUUGAAAUGUUGCGGUAA